AACACGUUAGCUAGGAAAGUACUAGCGCUAACUACUCCGCUAAAGAACGAAAUACACUCAACUAGCAAGCAAUUUAGCCUGCUUGCUAUUUCGUUUAGCGAUGUCAUGUUGCUGCUCAGCUAAUGUUACGUUCAAGGUGUCAAAACAUAGCUAGAUACCUGUCUGUAUUAAAUUAAACGGCUAGCCGAGCUGUCACCAUGGUGAUGAAGUCAUCGGUGGAGGAGGAUGAGGCGGGGUGGGGGCUGGGUAUUCCAGAGAAGAUGAAGAAUAAUGCAAACUGGGUGGACAUCACACAGGAAUUCAGAGGGGCCUGCAAAGAAUUAAACCUUGGUGAGCUGCUCCAUGACAAACUGUUUGGACUGUUUGAAGCCAUGUCUGCCAUUGAGAUGAUGGACCCUAAAAUGGACGCCGGCAUGAUUGGUAACCAAGUCAACAGGAAGGUCUUGAACUUUCAACAAGCAGUCAAGGAUGGGGCGAUUAGGGUUAGGGACCUCAGUCUGCCUGAGCUCAUUGGAAUCAUGGAUACUUGUUUUUGCUGUUUGAUUACAUGGCUGGAGGGGCAUUCUCUGGCUCAGACCGUCUUUACGUGUUUGUACGUCCACAACCCUGACCUCAUUGAAGACCCUGCCAUGAAAGCCUUCGCUCUAGGCAUCCUGAAAAUAUGCGACAUCGCCCGCGAGAAGGUCAACAAGGCCGCCGUGUUUGAGGAGGAGGACUUCCAGGCGAUGACAUAUGGCUUCAAAAUGGCGAACAACGUUACAGAUUUACGUGUGACAGGCAUGUUGAAGGACGUGGAGGAUGACCUCCAGAGGAGAGUGAAGAGCACACGAAGUCGGCAGGGGGAGCAGAGAGACCCAGAGGUGGAGCUGGAGUGUGUGUUUCUCCAGCAUCAGCAGUGUCUGGCCCUCUUCAGCAGAAUCAAGUUCACUCGUCUGCUUCUCACAGCAUUGAUCGCCUUCACCAAGAAAGAGACCAGCUCAGUGAGUGAGGCACAGAAGCUGAUGAGUCAGGCUGCUGAUCUGCUCCCUGCCAUCCACUCCACCCUCCAGCACGGUGUACAGGCCCAGAACGACACCAGCAAAGGAGAUCACCCCAUAAUGAUGGGCUUCGAGCCGCUGGUGAACCAGAGGCUUCUGCCGCCCACGUUCCCGCGCUACGCUAAAAUCAUCCGGAGAGAGGAGAUGGUGGGCUACUUCAGCAAGCUCAUCGACCGCAUCAAGACCGUGUGCGAGGUCAUCAACACCACCCACCUGCACGGCAUUCUGGACUUUUUCUGUGAGUUCAGUGAACAGUCCCCCUGUGUCCUGUCCCGCUCCCUGUUACAGACCACCUUCCUGAUGGACAGUAAGAAGGUUCUGGGCUCCCAUCUCAUGCAUGAUAUGAUCAAAGACGCACUCAGGGGGUUUGUGAGCCCCCCUGUCCUCUCCCCAAAGUGCUGUCUGUACAAUAACCACCAGGCUAAGGACUACAUCGACUCCUUCAUCACACACUGCUCCAGGCCGUUCUGCAGUCUGAUUCAGAUCCACGGGCACAACCGAGCCCGACAGAGAGACAAACUGGGACACAUUCUGGAAGAGUUCGCUACACUGCAGGAUGAGGCGGAGAAGGUGGACGCUGCGCUGCACAAUCUGCUGUUGAAGCUGGAGCCCCAGCGGCAGCACCUGGCCUGUCUGGGCACCUGGGUCCUGUACCACAGCCUGCGCAUCAUGAUCCACUACCUGCUGAGCGGCUUCGAGCUGGAGCUCUACAGCAUGCAUGAAUACUACUACAUAUACUGGUACCUGUCGGAGUUCCUCUACGCCUGGCUGAUGUCCACUCUGAGUCGGGCGGACAGCUCUCAGAUGGCUGAGGAGAGGAUCACUGAGGAGCUGCAGAGGAGGGGCAGCAGCAAGAAGACCAAGAAGAAAAAGAAGACACGUCCCUUGAGCAGAGAGAUCACCAUGAGCCAGGCUUACCAGAACAUGUGUGCGGGCAUGUACAAGACAAUGAUCGCCCUGGACAUGGACGGAAAGGUCCGGAAGCCUCAGUUUGAGCUGGACAGUGAGCAGGUUCGCUACGAGCACCGAUUCGCCCCCUUCAACAGCGUGGUGACGCCCCCACCAGUGCAUUACAUCCAGUUUAAGGAAAUGUCUGAUCUGAAGAAGUACACUCCGCCCCCUCAGUCAGCUGACCUGUAUCUGGCAGCCAGUAAGCACUUCCAGCAGGCCAAGCUGAUCCUGGAGAACGUGCCCAGCCCUGACCCUGAGGUCAAUCGGAUCCUGAAAGUGGCCAAGCCCAAUAUCGUGGUGAUGAAGCUGCUAGCUGGAGGUCACAAAAAGGAGACCAAGGUUCUGCCACAGUUUGAUUUCUCCGCACACAAGUACUUUCCUGUGGUGAAAAUCAUCUGAACUCAACCCCCCUUUUGUUUUCCCUAGCCCCGUGUUAAGCUCUGGUACAGGGUGAUGUUUGGCUUUGUAAAGGUGUGUGUGCCAUGUUCCUGAAUAAAAUAUUAUUUGUCACA